AUAUUACAUUGUGUGAUUUUAAUUUUAAAGGAACGUCGAAUCGACAUUUUGAAAUGAUCUCGCUAGCGAGGCUAGCUAACAAUUGCUCAGUCCAAACAUGGGGAACCAACCAGCUGCUAGCGGUAUAUCUAGCUGACAUAAUGCCUGUCCAGCAUUUUGAGGCCUACUCUCCGUAAGCCAAGGAGACAUUUUGUAGGCCCAAUUGGGAGUUGUGCUGUUGUAAUAUGGAGACUUGGAUAACUGUUGCUAACGUUGGGUCAGUUGACAUGUAGGCUAGUGAUUUAGUUGGCAUGUUGCUUAUUUGCGUUUUUGGACAUACUGGGUGCAACAUUAUUUUCGCUAGGUAACGCAUCCGGUUAAAGUUGGCUAGCUUUAGCUUGCCCUCUUCUAGCUAGCUAAGAAUUGACGUUAGUUCGCGUUUGCUAACACUUAGCUAGUUUGCGUCAAAGUGUGUGUGUGUCCAUAACGCUUAGACUAGUAAUAAAAUAACUCGCUAUUAACAGGUAACGUUAGUUAGUGGGCUAGUUUUCUGGUGCUGGCUGUUGGCGAUAACUUACUCGAAAUGAAAGUUACUCGAUUUGUGAGUUGGCUAGUUUAUUGCUAACCACUAAGUUAUAUUCUGGAUGGGAAGAGAGAGUUUCUUUACUAACGUUAGACUAGCUAACUUGGCAUCCCAGAAUUUAUUUCGGAUCAAACCGCAAUAUUGCUAGCUAGCUAUCUAUCAACAUCUCUACAUUGGUAUUUAUUAGCUACUACUAGCUAGCUGGUUACAUCUAACCAGUUUUUAGCAUUUGUUUGGAUUAAGUUGCAAGUAGUGCGAAAAUACGUUUCCGCUAGCUAGCCAGCUAUAUGCUGAAGAUGGUCAGGCCUUAUUCUGGAUCUCCUCGACAAAAACACCGGCCGUUUUCCCAGUCCUACGGCCCAAUGCAUCGCAUGGAUCACUAUGGCUCACAUUCCAGGGAUCAGAGGGAGUUCCGCGAAUUCAAGGCUCUGCCGUGGCGGGAGCCCCGGGGCGGGGGCCCCCAGCGGGGCCGGCCCCCCUACUUCGACAAGGAGCCGCGGCUCGCGGACGAGUGGAGGGAGCCCUCGCAGCACUUCCAUCGCCCGCUCGGCCAGUGGCGUCCCCAGGCGCAGGGGCGUUUCCACGGCUACGGCCCCCAGACUGAGCACCUCUCCCCGGAGCCCCACCGCGGGCACAGGAGGCUCUCUCCCCCCAGGUCAAGCCAGUCGCCGCCGCCCCAUCGUCGACCGCCCAUGCAGGCCCCGGGGAACGGGCCCCCGGCCCACAAGAGGCUUUCCCCGCGGGUGCCCCUUCACGGGCCCCACCCUGGGCCCAGACCCCCCUCGCCUCACCACUUCCACGGUAGCUUGAGGGAGCUGUCCCCUAUGGCCCACCACGGUCCGUACAGGGGUGCCCACCGGCGUCCGGGGCCCUCGGGAGAGGACAGGAGCCGCGACCAUGGCGCUUGCAGGGACCGCAGCCCCGGAGAGAGGCUUUUUGACCGGCCGCCCCGAGGGGAACGCUGGAACGGGGGCUUCCCUCGCCCCCGAUCUGGGGAGCGCAGGUUCUCAAACUCUCCCCAGAGGAAGUCCCAGGAAUUUCACAGACGGGGUUCUUAUCCAGAGAGGUUGUCCACUGAGCGGGAAGCCAGAAGGCACAGUGAGAGUGAGAGGGAGAUGGAGGAGAGCAGGAGGAGCGUGGAGUGGGCGGAGGAGGGCAGCCCCCACCACUCGUACAGGUCCCCCAGGUGGAAAGCUGGCCCCGGCCCCUCGGCGGCCUCGCCCCGAUUCCACCCGCACCACCACCCCCCCCAGGAGAGGCCCGUCGGGCGACCCGCCAAGAGGAAGCAUCCGGAGUGCCGGCCGGCGAGCCCCGAGUUCGAGCGCUGCGCCAAGCGGGCGCGGGAGACCCCCCAGCGCUUCCAGAGGGCCAAGGUCUUCGGCGGCCGCAGCCUCUCGCUCAAGGACAAGAGCCGCCUGCUGAAGGGCCGGAAGCUGAGGGCCGAGUCCGAGACCGGGGACAAGCCCAAGGCCCCGCCCGCCCCGAAGCCGAAGCACCCCAAGGCGCAGCCGCCGAAGGAGAAGGAGCAGGAGGAGAAGCCGUGUCCGUCCGUUAGAAAGGCCCGGUCCGCCGUCACGCUGCAGAACGAGCAGCCCGAGGCGGCCAAGGCCCGGGCCCUGAAGAAGAGGAACCCGAAGGCGGCGCCCCACAAGAUUCCUAGUCCUCCGGACACGACGUGCGAUUCGCCCCAGGAGACCGAGACGCUCACCAUCAAGGUGGACACGCGUCACACCCUGACCACUCACAGCUCCUCCCCCUCGGAUCGGCAGCUCUCCUGGGACCUCGUAACGGUGUCCCGGCGGGGCUUGGGGUCCAGGCCCGAGGAAAAAAACAGUGCCCCCUGGAGGGACCGAGCCAAGAAGACUCAAACCACAGGUGAUUUUGGCCCGGGACUCAUCAUGUUAGUCCACCAAGUCAAAGAGAGCUUCUUCAAUUCCCACGGAAACAUCACACUGAACGAACGGUUCUCCAAACUUCAGAACUUCACCUCUUCCUCCCGUGAUCAGAGUGGGCGGUACAGCGGUCUGAAGAGACAGGUAGACGUGCCCUUGUUGACCACCAAGCCAACCAAGAUAAUGGGACCACCCCAGCGACCCAGCUUCCGUCCCUCCAGUCCCGAUGGGAAACCGCCGCACUUCCUGCGCAGACCCUUCCCAGAGCCUCCGGGACAUUUCAGGAGGUUCGGAUACUUCAAGAGGCCGCUGAUGAACAACCUGAUGGCACGCCCGCACUUCCAGCAGAAGCCCAUGUUCAGGAAGAGCCAGAGCAUUAUGUCCAAGUACCGGCACCUGCAGGUUCUGCGCCACCGUGGGCCCACGUACCACCACUAAUCGCAGAGGCAGGAGAGGACGUCUGGCAUGGAGCACUCCGGGUCAUCCUCUUCCAUGGCACAUUUUCACAAAUGCGGUUUUAUUUACACUUGGAGAGACUCCCCUAUACUGGACAAUGCACCGUGGCCAUCGGCAGGCCUUACCCGGCUGCACGCAAAGCUCUGUGGAGCAAGAGAACUUGUCCUGACUUCACCAUCUGUAUGUAGGAUAUCUGUUCUGAUCUGUUAGUCUAGGAAGAUACUGCCUGCUUAUUUGCCAUUUGUUUGGAUGUUAGAGGAUAAUGUCCUUUUUUUUAUCAUUUCUUUUAAUUACUUCAGUAUACAACGUUUUGUUCAUGGAAGGCUAGGAUAAUCUGAAUUACAGCAAUGUAGCGCUUUUGUGAUUUUCCAUGUACAGUGGUGUGAGAAUGGGGCUAACUAAAAUGGUUCUUUUCUAUUUAUCCAUCUUAACUGUGCCCUAGGUGCCAGGAUGAAUACUUUGUUCUAACCAAGUUAUCUUGCCAUGCAGGUUUGUGAAGUUUGAUAAGAGUUUUUUUGCUCAGGAAAAAAAAGAAAAGGCUUUUGUACAUUUGCUUCAGUAACCAUGAUUUCAUUACAGAAUCUUUAAAGCGCCUUGACAUUCUGCAUGUCAUGUAACUUCUAGCAAUUAUAUUUUCAAAAUGUUGUGUAAAA